CCAUCAUCAAAUGUCAAGCACACAAAAAAGGCAAUGAUUUUGUUAUUAAGGGCAAUAAUGCAGCAGAUCAAUAUGCUAAACAAGCCUCUGGCUGUACAACAGCAAUAAUGGCUCCUUCUGUUUUAAUUCAACCUCAACCCCAAUUGGCUGAUGUUGCACGAAUGCAACAACAAGCUACACCAUAUGAGAUUAGUGUAUGGCAGCACAGAGGAGCAACUCGAGAUGCAAAUGGACUUUGGCGUUCUCAUAAGGGACACAUGAUUGCUCCCACACUAUUGCUUACAAUCCUAAUCUCUGACGCGCAUGGUUUUGACCAUUGCGCGAGGGGAGAAGUGAUUAGAAGGAUAAAGCGGCAGGGAUAUUGGUCGCCCUAUUUACAAGCGAUGGUGGAUGAGUAUCUAUCUGAAUGUGAAGUUUGUGCCCAAAAUAACGUUAGAAAAGGGACAUCUGCUCCAAUUGGCCAUAUACCAGUCCCAGAAGGUCCAUUUAAACAUUUAGUAAUGGAUUAUGCAGACAUGAUAAGAACUGCCAGAGGAAAGAGAUACUUGUUGGUAAUAAUUGACAGAUUCAGCAGAUGGGUGGAAGCAGUUCCAUCAGCAGAUCAGGGAGCCCAAACAGUGAUUAAAUUCUUGACAAGAGAAGUAAUUCCCAGAUUUGGAAUACCAUCCCAAAUUAGUUCAGAUAUGUAUUAUGCUUCAGGAGUGCUCAAGUCAUUUAGUUUGAUAUAUGCUACAGCCACUGGUUCUGACUGUUGUACUUAUAUUCCAAAUAAUACAGCCCCAGAUGGAUCAUUCACCAAAGCAAUGGGGAAACUAAAAAACCUGAGGGAGGAAGUGACCAAGAACGCUGGAGCAGACAUGCAUAAUUGGGAUUGGUUUAAUUCAUUUUUUGGGUCUUGGGGACAAUGGUUAACCAAAGUGGGCAUCAUAAUAGGCAUUGUUGUUGAUGUGUUUCUUUUGCUGUUCUGUUGUAUUGUGCCUUUCAUCAGAUCAAUGCUGGCCAAUGCUGCAGCCAAACAGAUGAUUAACGUGUCAGUGAAGCCAUCUGGAGUUGACAUUGGGUGUAGAAACAUGUAUACAGUGGGACCUGGACUGGAUGAGCUGGAUGAAUUUGAGUAAAACCUUCCCGAAACAACAACAGAAUAGUAGGGAAGGGGUGCCUUUUAUUUUAUAUUUUUAUUUUAUCCUGU